AACACGAGCAGCACGACUCCGGCUACUUGUCAGAUAAAUUUUCUUCUUCAAAAGUGAGAAAUUUAGCAUUUUUGUGAAGUUCUGCAUUCUUCGCGUCAUUGUGUGUGUGUGACUGUGAGCGACACAAUAGCCUAAAGCGUCACCUUCUCGUUGAUUGUCUCUAGUGAUUUUCUUCUGCAGUCUUUUGAAUUGGACCAUUUGAAAUCUUUGAAAAUCUUGGAAAUCUUCUGAAGAACACGAUGAGUAACCAAGCAUUGCUGCCCGCGCCAAAUUGGUUCCUCAACUCGCUGGCAGACUGUUCUGCUGAUGGAACCUUAGCAUAUGGUUCUAGAAAUGGACUGGUUCUUAUCCAGUCAAUUGCUUUUUCUGAAGGCCAUGCACCUUCACCAGAGUUCAGUCUCAUUCCUAAUGCCCACAAAGAGCGAAUCACUGGUGUCUCCUGGUCAAACAGGACCCUCAAUGAAGAGGCGCCUAAGUAUCUUUUGGCCUCUAUCUCAGAUGACUGUGCAGUUGCUGUUUGGGACACAGAUUCUCUCUCAUUGGUCCAAAAGCAUCACGAGCAUAAGUUUCCCAUCAUUGACGUUGACUGGACCAAGCUUGGGGACCUCCAGUUAGUGUCUGCAGACGACAAAGGCUACAUGGUGGUUUGGGAUUUGGUGCGCAGUGAGGUCAGAGUCCUGAAGCCACUGACUUCCUCAUCAAAACUGCAACCUAACGUCUUGAGGUGCAGCCCAGUUAAUCAAGAUAUAGCUGCGGUUGGCUGCAAAGAUGGCCUUGUUUGCAUUAUUAAUAUCAAGGGUCCAGGAGUUAUUCAGCAAAGACAUCGAGGUCACGACAAGGCAGUCGUCUCUCUUUCCUGGUGCCCUGAUACAAACAAACUGGCUUCUAGUGGUAUGGACCAGAUAAUUUUUGUGUGGAAUAAUGGCCAAACUGAGAAGACUAUCCAAUUGCCCAACAAAUCCAUAAGUGGAGUGAUAAAAUUCAAGCCAGGAGAGAAGUUACAGGGCAACAUGAGACAGCCUGUUCUGUUUUUAAAACCAGAUCUAAUUGUUUCUGGUUCCAUGAAUGCUGAGGUUCUAUCGUGGAAUUUGACAGAAGAGUCUAUUUCUCCGACCCUCCUUCACUCCGACCACAAUCGAGGUCUCUUCUGCUUAGCUGCUCAUGAUAAAGUUGUUUGGUCGAUGGCCCAAGAUAGACUUGUCAUCCACCACAACUUGGCUUCAAACACAACCUCUGUGUUUUCAACUUUGGGUGGCUUUGUUUACUGCAUCGCCCCGUGCCCCUUUGCACCUGGAAGAGUAGCUGUUGGAGUUGGAGAUGAUUCGAUUAGAAUCUGGAGUAUGACUGACACCACUGGGAAAAGCUCGUCAACUAUUUGGAGUAGAGUAAAGGGGAAAGUUUUGUCCUUAGCUUGGCACCCAGAGAAAGAGGGAGAGCUUGCUUUUGGAACUAGUGAUGGACGUGUUGGAAUUUGCAAUGCUUCUAACCCUGCCAAGGAGGUGCUAAUAAUGCGUCAAUAUCACAAAAGUAGCAUUUACAGGGUAAACUGGGGUCCUGCUGUGACCGGUGUUUACCAAAAAGAUAAAGAAGCUCCUGAGACCAACUGGUACUUGUAUGCAUGCGAUGACAACAAUGCUGUUGUCUACAUUGACUCCUACUCAAUACCCAAGCCUCUGAAGGUCAUUAUCAGAGCCUCAAACCCUCAAAUCAAGGAAGAUAUCAAGCAAAAAGACAUCGCUUGGAAACCUGACCGAUCUCUCCUUGCUCUUGGAUUGGAGGAUGGCUCGAUUCAACUGCUGACUGCUCCACACCUCCAGUGCAUUCACACUCUGCGAUCUCACAAGAAGAUGAUCUUUUACCUUUCCUGGCACCCAAGCUGCACUGCUGUAGAUGAGAAAGACGAUGACAGGCAAAACUGGUUGGCUUCUACUUCUAUGGAUCAGCAAAUCCAUAUUUACAAUCUGACUUCAUUGCUGGCUGAAGGAACAGAAAAAGUUUGGAAAGGUGCGCCUCUACCACUGGAGCCAUUAUCAGAGCUCAAACACGGGGGAAAAGUGGUGUGCUUAGCCUGGAACCCUCAUGUUGGAGGACAGCUUGUGUCAUCUUCCUAUGACAUGUCAGUCAAAGUUUGGGAUGCUGCCAAGGGAGAAGUGUUGGCUUGCUACGUCGAACACAACGGAUGCGUCAUGAGCUGCUGCUGGAGUGCAUUGCACCCUGAUAUAAUAAUCUCUGGCUCUGCUGACUUCACCUGCAGAACAUGGAAAAUAUCUCAAUCACCUGCAGACAGCAAGCCGGUGUCAAGAUCAAAGUUUCGAGAGCAGCAAAAGGGGCCUACAGUUCUACCAAUUCCUGUGAACCCUUCCUCUUCUGAAUUGCAUGAACCUAAACCUGCAGCUAAUGGAAUAAAGCAAAGCACCAAGCCCCAUGACAAACCUCAGCAGAAGCCUAGCACAAAAGUUACGGUUUUCCCCCUUUCCAAUGCAUCUUUUGUCAAAAAUUCAAUGGACUGCUGUGUGAAACUAUUGGAGAACAAAGGAUUAGAGCCUCCUGGCAAGAAAAUCAAGUUGAAUGAGAACAAUCGUGGAGAUGACCAGAAUGAAGUGAAUCAUUUUGGCUUCUUCACUUCACAAGAUGACGCUGUUGAGCUGUUUACUAAAGAGGCUGAGGCACUGAAGCGCAUGAACAACCAUGUUGGAUUUCAAAAUCUGAAGCUUUGGCAGGGUGACAUGCAGCAAGUGAUCAAAGACAGCAUCAAAGCAAAAAAGUUAGAUGAUUGGCUGGUUUCAAUGGCUCCAUCAGUAUCUCACAAAUUUUGGCUGGAAACCUGUGCAGCGUAUGCAGAGCAGCUUGUUGAAGAGGAAAAAAUCUUGAAAGCUGUAUCUUACUUUGUUUCCUGCCAUAAAAUCACAGAGGCUGUGACUGUGCUUCAAAAGCACAAUUUGUACAAAGAGGCAGUCGCACUUUGCAACUUGCGUCUUCCUGCUGGUGAUCCCUUGCUUACUGAAACUUUGAGAGCCUGGGGAAAGUGCAGCCAUGACACUGGAAACUUUGAGAUUGCUGUGCAAUGUUACAUUGCCGUUGGUGAUUAUGAAAAAGCUGCUACUGUUUUGUACAAACGAAAGGACCCCAACAUGUGGCAGCUUGGCACUUACCUUGCCAAAGUGGCUAAUUGCAAUGAACUUUUCCUGAGCAUGACAAUAGAAUGCUUCUACAACUAUCUAAUGAACCAAGAUUGGGACGCUGCGAAUGCCAUCAUAUCAGAGAUUCCUGAGCUUGUGCACCUUCGAGGAGUUCUGAAAACUCAUCAGCUAGUGUGCAGCAAGGAUAAAGAGGGCUUGAAUAUAGAAAAAGGUUCAGAUCUGUCAGAGUCAAAUGAGUCGAUCAUUACCAAUUUGGAGGGGGUGCUAGAUGACAUCUCAUCUGAGCAGUUUCAUGAAUUGGUGCAGCAAUUCCCUUUGAGCAGUCAGUUACCAGAAACAAAGAAAGAACUCCUGGUGACCACUUCCAAGCUUCUUCUCUUAGGAGCUGCUGGAAAGAAGUGUGGAAAUGAGGACUGGGAGCGGUAUAUCAUCUUGGCUCUUCAUCUGAAUUACAGGAGGAGUGUGGUUGUUGUUAAAGAACGACCACUGCAUCACUUGUUCUCCUGGCUGGGCAACAUUGUUCUGACCAAGUAUCUCAAAAGUUUUGAGUCCUUCAAAGCUGCUGCAUAUUUGGCUACUGCAAGCAAGGACGAUCCUGAGCUAUUGUCAAAAAUCAAUGAAAAAAAGUCAUUGUUGAUGGACACUGAGACUGCCUGUUUUGCCCGCCUUGAAGUUCUGAUUCCAAACCUUGAAAAGAAGCUGGCCACAGCGCAUGCAGGCAAAACUGACAUUAGCAAGUUGCAGAGUCAACUGCUCACCCUCAAAGAAGAAAAAGAGGACUUGGAAAAGACAAGGGUUGCCUUCCCAAACCCGUUCAUCAUUUUUUGCAAACUGCAAGGCCUAGUUGAAAGUCUCCAUGCCAGUUUGCAAACUGGUCAACUUGAAGAGCUUGAAAGAGAGAUGGACACUUUCCGUGCUACCAUUCAAGAAUGAAUAACGACAGCAAAGCCUACUGACCUCUUGAAUUUAAUUUUGUGAUACACAUAGCUGUGUAAUCUGCAUUUCCUUUUAUUUCAUUGAAAAAUGGAGAGACACCAUUCAUAGAACGUUGCUCUCAUUUUUGUUGCUGUUCCAAAAAGAGUAUACAGCAAACUGAAUCAUUUAUUCAUUUCAAAUGCAAUUUCUUAAAUUAUAUUGAGUAAUACUAAAAAAUCUGUAGGAAUAAAUAAAAUUGAAGAUAAAUUAUUU